UUCUAGGUAUAUGAAAAGACCUCUACACGCGAUAGUCUUUUGUAGGUGGUACGAUUUGAAAUAGAAUGCCUCAUAUUUACAAAGUAAGAUUAAAAUUUUAAUGUUACAAUUGUAUCAACAAAACUGAAACGUAAUAUUAAUACACCAUAGUCAACAAUUCGUUUAUAUAUUUAAAUGAAGUAGAAGUUAAAAGGUGACUAUUUCUACGCUUCAAAAUUUAUAGAUUUGAUUUACGUAUCCCAACUAUUUUACUUCUAUUUCUACUGAUAUUAACAAUAAGAAGUCAUCAAAACAUUAAAUGGAAAAGUAUAUUAAUAUAAGAAACUACAUUUAAAAAAUGGAUAACAUAGCCUACACAAAUCCACUCGAAACAGUACAGUUUAUAUCUAUCUGUAGCUACUUAUACGCACUCAGUGAUUUCUUAUUCAUUGAAAACUAUUUGUCAGAAGUUGAUCAAAACAAACAAAUACUAGUUGUUAAUGCACUUUAUGAUUAUUUAGAAGACUAUCAUAAUAAUCAAACAAUGAAACUUAAACUAAUUAGAUAUUUGUUAAAAGGUAGUGACUUAUAUGGAGAAGAAGAAAGCGAAAAUGUUGACAUAGUUUUUGUGAAUACCAUGUUUGACUACAUUAUUAAAUCUCUUGUGUUUAAUAAAUAUGGAAAUAUUUAUGGCUUCUUGGCUGAGGUUGUUCGAAAAACUCAAAACGUACAAUUAGAUAUUUUGUUUAAAGAAAUAUUGUCCAAUCUACAAACUGCGACAUUUGAAAAUGAGUAUGUCGAAACAUCGAGACUUACUUCUUUAGCAGCAAACAGGAUAUUUACAGAUAUAAUAUUACCAUUGUUUCCACAAUCUAAGAGAAAUAUUAAUAUUUUAUCACUUGAUUACAUUUUAGCACAAGCUGGAUUAUUGUACCUUAAACCUGGUAAAAUUAAUACUGCAUAUUAUACAGAUUUUGAAAAUAUUAAUUCAACCUUCUUGGAUCAAGAAAAUUUAUUUGACGAAUACUUAACAACAGGAUUAAUAAUAAGAAAAAAUUUAAUAAAUAACAACAGAAGUUUAUCAAAUUUACGGGCAUUUGCUUUACCAGCUCUUUUAGUCUAUGUUUCGACAACGGUUGUACAAAACGAAAAUAAAACAAAUAUAAUUUAUGAUCCAUAUUACUGGGAAGCAGCUUACGAAAAUUUAUUUUCUUAUAUUGAUGCGUUUUAUGAUGAAGUAGCAGGUAAAUUGGUAAACGAUACUAACUACCAAUUGCACACAGUCCUUCUAAAAUUUUACAAACUUUUGGCAAACCUUAAAGAUCUUUUAAAAAUUCAUUGCAAACAUUUAAUCUCAACAGGAUCAAUUCAACUAACAACUGUUUCGCUAUUAUAUGAAUGUCUGAGGGGAUUUAUGUUACCAAGCUUGUCUGAAUCGUUUACGAAUAAUAUAAAUGAAAUUGGUGAAAUAUUUGAAAAGCAUGAUUUAAAGUCAAUUCAGCAAUCAUUUGGAGAACCUUUAUUAAAAUCAUUAAAAUCUGCAAAUGUACAUAUAGAUUUACUAGCUCCAAAUGAUAAUGUUGUGCUUGGCAUUUUUGAUAAUACUACACGAUUACCAUAUGAUUUGUUUUACUUUUACUACCCUAAAAAUGACAGCACAGAAUAUUAUGCUUUAAUGCGGGAAAAUUAUUUAACAACUUUAAUUAAAAUAGCUGAUAACAGAGAAAAUUUUAAAGAAAACAUUGGUGUUGAUAUUCAAACAUUAUUGAAUCAUCGAUUUCAUCGUGUACAUUUAAAAUUAGCUAAUCAGUCUUUAGAUGUAUUUUGGAAAGAAUUUAUAGCGUAUAAAAAAUUAAGACUUAAAUCAUAUUUAUCAUUUACUGAUAGUGAUCAAAGAAAAGGUGAUUGGUGGAAGGAAUUUGGUUUAACAUUGGUGCCGUUUUAUCAGUCAAACAUAGAAAACGCUCUGGAUAAUUCUCACAUUCAAUAUGUAGAAGGAUUUGAUGAUAUAAAGUAUUUUAAUGAAUUACCUAAUAAUACAUCUUUAUUCAUAUUUCAAGAAAAAACGCGAACAUUACUCUCCUCAAUUGGUACAACUAUUAAAACAAUUUAUUUGAAAAAUAUAACUGAUGAAUUAAGUGAUUACACAUUCAAAUUAAAUACAAAAAAACCAAUACAACUACAAAAUAAUACAAAUACCAUGGAACAUUUUGAAAAAUUGUCAUUGCAUUUAGAUGAACCUGGAUUUGAAAUCGAAUCAAUAACUAAUGAAAAUCUAAUGUUUCUAAAUUUAAAAAUUUCUGAAUUACAAAACAAAAAGCUUUAUCCCUUUAUUAGUGUUAAAAAUAAUCUACAUAAUAUGCAAAUUUUUAAAUCUAAUUCUUCGAGACAAAUAAAUAUUUUGCGUAAUAGGGUAAAACGAAUUUUGUACAUAAAAAGUAAAAACCCUAUUACUAACACUGGUUAUGGUUAUAAGUUUAUUUAUUUAGAACCAUAUAAAACUGCAUAUUUAAGAACAGAUUUUGAAACAAAUAAGAAAAUGUUUCUGUCUUUAAAUCAUACUGAACCUAAUGGAGAAAAAAUGUAUUCAAUAAUACAGAUUGAUAAUUAUGAACAUGAACAAUCCUACAUUUUUGAAAUUAAUAAUCUACUACGAAAGAGUAUAAGUGCAGCUAAGUUUUUAGGAAUAUAUAAGUAUUUUUACGAGAACGAAAAAUGUUACGUAGACUUGAAGGAGAAAUUUGAAUUAGCAAAGAUUUUGCAAUGUUCACUGUUUGAAGGUUUGAAGGAAACAAAACGACAUAUGACUGAAUGUAUACAAGUUGCUUUGACAAAAAAUGAUAAUCUUUCAAUACAACUGGUAUUGGAAACAAUGAAAUUAUAUGCAUUUCCAGAUGAAGGUCGCAUGGAUUUAAAGUUUGUGGAGGAUUGGGUAAAUAAUACAAACUUAACUUUGCCAGAAUGGGGUAAACAAUAUAUAAUUGAAAAUCAUGCUCUAUUUUUUAAAUUAAAAAAUGAUUUGAAACUUGAGGUUAAUACUUUAACAAAUUUUGAUGGAACAUUUAAGAUUGAUUCCAUUUAUCACUUUAGAGAUAGACAAAAAAUCGAAAGUGGUACAUCAAUGGAGAAAAUAAUUAAAGAUUUCAAUUUGCACCUGGAAAAUUAUGCAGUUUCAUUUGAAGAUUACUAUGCGAUUCGAAAUUUUGUCACAACCGGUUAUACAAGAAUAACAGAUAGUACACAUGAGGCAAGUUUUAUGAAAAUUGCUUUGUACAAAUUAGCAAUAAGACAAUCAGACGAUCCAGAUAAUGAAUUUGAAAAAAUUUUGUGGAGAACUGAAACCAUGCCUAUUGAUAUUAUCGACAGAACAUUCACAUUAGGAAAAAUACAUACUUUAAAAAAAUUUUUGACAACAUACACUACUAACGUGUCAGCUAUUAAUUUUGCUACUGUUGCAAAGCCUGGUUAUAAAAACAUUUUAUAUAAAAUUAAAUUUACUCAACCUUACUUUAGAGCAAAAGUAAAACAAUUUCAUUAUUUUAAUGAAAUAACACCAAUUCUUCUACCUGGAAUUAAAUUUUCCAUUGUAAGCGUUAGGGAAACGCAUUUUACCAAAAUUGGUGACUGUUUGGUGGUAGAAUUAAUGUAUAAUAACAUGAGUAAAAAAAAAUAUGAAUGGAAUAUUAGUAUUAUGAAAGAAAUUACACGAAUCUCGUCUAAACUAUAAAAUAUUUUUAUAAUUGUUAACUUAGAGAAAAUAAAAUCUUUCAGAAACUUGUAACAAUGAUUAUAUAUUUAAUAAUUUAAAAUUAAUAAAAUUGGAGAUACGUCAUUGGUACUGUAAUACGGGGUUAAUUCGCUCAGUGCGGGUAAACUCGCUCACCCAUUUUUUUGCUUUAAAUUUGAUUUAAUCUAAAAUUUAGUAUUUCUAUUAACAAA